AUGUCUUCUUCAGAAGCUUUUAUAGCAAAAUAUUUGAGUCAACAACAACAAUUAGAAUUGAUCAAUGACCUGAUAGAUAACAAUGACUUUGUAAAAUUGUCUGAACUAUUCGUAGCUUUGAAAGACUUACUGAUAUUAUCAGAUAUAGACGAGGCUAUCAUCAAAUUAUACUCUAAAAUAGAACCGAUAAUAAUAGAGGUGUUGUCCAAUUCUGAAAUUGAUGACGAGAGCUUAAAUAUCGAAGUAAAUAUAAUGCAAGGUGAAACAAUGGAGAAUAUUGUUCAAUUAAUCAAUACCCUUCCAAGCCUUCAAUGUAAGGUUCAAAAUUGGAUUUUAGUAAAGUUAAAGGAAUAUAUCAGACAUUUUAAGACACGUUUAUUUAAUCCAGAAUUUUAUGAUAACUUUGUUAAUAAUUCAAUAAAAAAUUUUGAAGAUUCGUCAUCUCAGACAUACAGUGCUGUCGCUUUACUAAAUUUAUUGGAAUGUAUUCAAACAUCAUCAAAUGAUACAGAAAAUCACGAAACAAGCGAGAUUAAUACAAUUAUCGUUAUUUUACUUGGUUCUGAUAUAAAUAAUAUAGCUUCUGCAGCUGAAAAAAACUUGAGAUGGAGGAUUCAAUACAUAGUCCAACAAUGUUUAUCCUCUGAUUCGUUUGAUAAAUUUAUUUGGGUACUUAUUCAAUCGUUAUAUCAGGAUGGUAAAUCUUCAGAAUGGAAGAUAUACAAUGCUUUGACUUUUCAGCUUAGAUUUAUAUCUGCCGGUAAAAUAUCUGACCAUUUAAAAUUAAUACUAAAAAUCGACUCUUUUUGGGAAAAUAUUCAAUCUGCAUUAAACAGUGAUAUUCACUUGUAUAGAAAGCUUGGUUUAUCUGUCCUUCAAUCAACUAUUAAAGUUAUAUCACUUUCUAUUGAAAAAAUUGAUACCAAGCUAUUUCACUGGGAUAUGAACCAAAAGAAUGAGAUAAUUGAAAGUUGGAAAAAAUUCACCACUCUAUAUGAGAUUAUUACUUUAGAUACAUCAUUAAACCAACUUGAAGAAGCAUCUUCAGAAGUUAUUGAGAUAUUCAAAAAUGAGUAUAUUUAUCCAAGUUGGUCAAUGCUACUUUUUUCUACAGGACUUAAUGCUUCAAUGGAAAGUGUUAGAAAAUAUGUUUUAUCUCUGGUCUUCAAAGUUCAAAAUAAAGAAAUAUUUUUAUCAAACACUGAUAUAUUAAAGGAUACUAUUUUGCCUACUAUUGCUCAGGCGCAAUUUUAUAUUACCGAUGGCGUAACUUGCAAGUAUGGUGAUACUGUAUCAUCUUUUGUUAGUGACUUAAUAUUAACGGGUUCCAAUACUGCUGAGGAUAUUCUCAAAGUAAUUUUAGAAAUGAUAAUUGAACGUAAUAGUUCAUUUGAUGCUUCUAGAGUUUAUAUAUCAUUUGGUAUACUUUCUGCUUUCAAAUCCAAAAAAUUAAGAAUAUUGAGUUCCACUCAUCUCGUACUUUUGAGAAAAAUAUUUGAAUUUGAAGCUGAAGAUGAAAUUACUGAAACGACAUUACAGAAAAUAUAUCUAAAAUGUCUACUAUAUAUAUCUAAAACAGUUUCUGUUACAGAGUGGAUUCACACAUUAGCAAAUGAAAUUACUUGUAGAGGAAGUUAUAGAUAUAUUUCAUCAUUAUUUGAAGAUUUAAGAGAUUUUGCAGUUAUUAAUUUUGAAUUCGAUAAGUCAAGAGACCUUUUAGAACCUCUUCUAGGAACUUCAGUUACAUUUGAUUUAUUGGCAGCUAUCCUGUUUAGUGUAGAAGUUCAACCUACAAAAUCAUUUUUAUUAGAAAUUGCCAAAUCAGAAGAAGUCCUAGAUAACUACACACAGGACAUAAAUGAUUUAUUGCUCAAGUUACUAAAUGAAGAUCUUGAAGAUGAGGAAUAUAUACUAAUGGAUCAAUUGUGUAAAUACAAAGGAUUUUCUACAAUCACCUGGACAUCUGUUUCGGCCAAGCAUGUUUUUCAGCAAUUGAAUUCUAAAUUUACUGGCAAUAAAUUCAUAUUCUUUGUUUCAAUCUUUGAAUACACUGCAAACUAUAACAUGGAAGCUGAUGAGAUAAACUUCAAUGAUAUUAUCCAACUCUACAAUACUAUUAAAUUGCAUGUACAACAGUUUUCUCAAGAUGAAUUUAAGUUUAAAGAUAAAAUAUAUGCUAAUUAUUUCCAAUUAGUCCAGACCUACUUAAAAUCGAAUGCUAUUGAGAUUAAAAUAGGUGAUGGCGAAUUAUCUCAUUUAAUUGAAAUUAUGAGAUCAAAUUGCACUACCGAUAGCGGUAAUUACCUUUCAGAUUUCUCAAUAGGUAUGCUGAUUGAAUAUAUUUUAAAUACAUUUUUUACUGAAACAGUUGAGAAUGGUGAUAUAGAGAACGCAUAUGUGCUUAACUUAUUUGACAUCCUAGUCUUAUUGUGGGAAAAUAUAGCCAGUGAGCGUUUAGUACUAAAACAGCGUGCUUUCCAUUUGUGCUUAAUCAAAUCUAUAUUCAAUCCAAUCAUUAUGUUACAUGCUGCAAAGAAAAAUAAUAGCAUUUAUCUAAUGUUAAAGGAUAUAGGUUGCAAUAUUAUUGCUCAAGCGCAUGCAAGGAGAGGAUUUUUGCCUUCCAUAUCAAAAUGCUUUUCUGAUUUCAUACCCAAAUUUUCAAAGUUAUUGUCUAAAGAUAAUAGUGAAUAUGAAUGGAUUGGAAAAUUAUUAAGGAAAGCAUUUACUUUACAGCUGGCCAAUUCUAAUGUGUUUCAAAUAAAAAGUACAAUUGCAACUUUAUUUGAUAACAACUUGACUUCUUAUGUUGCAUCGUCUCCUUAUGGUAUAUAUUUUGAUGUUUAUGGUGCUGAAGAAAGUUCAUCUAGAGUUUAUAUCAUCGAUACUAUAAUAAGUUCACCUUCAUUUUUUAAAGAACAUUUUGUAUAUGCAGCAUUAACAGAAACUUCAGCAUUAACUCCAGUUAAAAGAACUGAUGGUGUAGAAGAAGUUCAACGUUUAUUGUUAUGGCAAUUGAUAGUGGCAUGUGCACCGAAGCUAGAUGCAGAAAUUUUAAUACACUAUUCAUCCAAGUAUAUUUUGGACAGUUUAUUUCUUGAGAGUUCUCCACUUGUAAGAAUCUAUAAGGAAUGGUAUUUAGCUUUUGAAAUUGCUCACUCUAUUGAAUCUGGUAGCAUCUCCAAUUCGUGUGAUUUCCUGUUUUCGCAAUUAGAUGAUCACAGCAGACCAAUGUUGGUAGUCAGUGCAGAAAAGAUUCUUUUUAUUGUUCUCAAAUACUUAGCUGAAAACGGAAUUGAACAUCAAGCUAUUCUUGAAAGAUUCAUUGGUAUCUUAAUUGCUAAUGCUUCUUCUAACAAACCACAUGUAAGACAUUUCUCUAAUUCCCUAAUGAUCAGCUUCUGGCCAGUAUUCGAGGAGUCAAUAUCAGAUAAGACAUUGAGAUUAGUUUUACAUAACCUUUAUGAUAAUGCUAAAAUGUCCGAGUUAACCGGGCAAUACAGAACUGGAGAUGCCAAUAUUUGGGAUCUGAAGGCAGACUAUACGUUUACAAAUGUUUUUGGUAUUAUCCUGAAAAGAACCACCGACCAUGACGUUCCUUAUAUUUGUGAAUCUACCUUUACUAAAUAUAUGCAACAUUUAGAUGAUAGCUUAAUUGGAAGUGAUAACGAAGAUUCUUGGUUAUCGAAGAGAGACCCAAGCAAUAAUAAUAGAGAGAUCAAAGUCAUUGAUCAAAAAGGCAGUCAAUUACAGACAAAGAGUGGGGCCUGGGAAACUGUUGUAGAUAUCAAUGCAACAGAAAAUGAAGAGAAAGUAAAACGUUCAGAUUUAAUUGUUGUAUCAUCUUUGGUAGAUAAACCACCUAAUUUGGGUGGUAUCUGUAGAUUAUGCGAUGUUCUUGGAGUAGGAUUAUUGACUGUCCAAGAUCUUAGGGUUAAAAAUCAUCCACAAUUUAAAAAUGUUGCAGUUACAGCCGAUAAAUGGAUGCCAAUGGUAGAAGUUCCAAUUGAUAACAUCAUCAAAUUCAUGCAGGAAAAAAAGAAAGAAGGCUACACAUUAAUAGGGCUGGAACAAACAGACAAAUCUAUUGAAUUGAAUCAGUAUUACAAGUUUCCUAAAAAAUCACUAAUUUUAUUGGGAACUGAAGCCCAUGGUAUACCUGGUUACUUAUUAAGUGAAUUGGAUUUAUGUCUGGAAAUCCAACAGCACGGUGUCAUUAGAUCGAUGAACAUCCAAACAGCUACUGCUGUUAUCUGUUAUUCAUACACCGUACAGCAUAUGUAA